UUUUUUUUUUUUUAAUAGAAAUCUGGCACAUUUCACAAGGUGAUUUGGCAAAAUAAAUCAUAAAUGUACGCUGGGUGGCGCAAGCAUACGUUGACUGCAAAGAAAAUCUCAAUUUCUUACUGUACUACGCUUGCUAUACGCUGAUUAAGUGCUUUCAGAACACCGUAAGCAUACGCUAGGUGCCGUACAGAUACGUUAAAGCUGCUGAAUCCCAAAAUUAAAAAAAAUAAUAAGGAAAAAAUUAAGGGAGCGGUUCCAAGUUCCAAACACCCUUUUAUCCAUCUGUCCUCAAAUCACUAACCCACCCACUUUCUCACCUUUUCUUUCAAAACCUCUCAAGAACCCAUUUUCAUAACUUCAUCAAAACUUAAUCAAAAUCAAUGAGUUUGGUGUCAAAACGUUGGUGUUGACGAGUAUAUGGAGCAAUUUUUCAAAAAUAUUCACGAGUCAAACGAUUUCAGUGGUUGAAGUUGACGAAUUUGGGUUGUUUUUGGUGCGAGCUUUCAUCUAAUCACAUUCUCACCAUCACGAGAUAAGUAAGAAUGGCACCCAAAAGGAAAAAUUCAAAGGAAGUUGCUGAAUCAAACAACAAGAAGCCAUCUUGGGGAAGCAAAAAGUUAUCGGACAUAGAAAAGAAUUGGCGACCACAAUUAUAUAGGGAGAAACUGGAAGAUGUUAAGUCUGAAGAGAACGGAAAACUGAAUUGGAUGAUUACUGAAUUGGAUGAUUUCCGUCAUUUUGGGUUGGUUGAAGGAUUUGAACGUUUGGGAUGGUUGGCUGCACUAACUUUCAACAACAAGGAUAAUCCGGAAGUAUAUCAAGAAGAGAUUAUCGAGUGGAUGUCUACUUUAAGGAAAGUGGAGGGUGAUAAUCAUCCUUGGGACACAAAGUUAAUUGGUACGGUGAAUAAAACAACUGAAGUAACAAUGUCUAUGAAGUCUCUAUCGAAGAUUGCUCCCUUUGACACUUUACCUCAAGCACAAUAUGAAACUCAUCCGGAUAACUACAUAUGUCUUGGUCAAAAACAAGCAAAAGGGGCAGAAUGGGCUGAAAUGUUGGAAACAUUGUUUGAAGUUCCAUAUGAGCAAUUUUCUGAAUCAAUGCCUUUGAAGGCGAGUGAUUUGAAACCAUUGCCUCGAAAAUUUUUACUUGGAACAUUAUCCCAAGAAGGAGUGACAAAGCUAAAGUAAGACAUUGUGAUGUGAGGGUUCUUUACGCACUUGUGACCGGUAAACCAAUUUUCCCUUUUCGUCAGUUAAUCAUGUUAAAUGUUUGGGAAGCACAUGAAAAAUCGAAAAGAGCUAUCAUCCCACAUUGUCGGUUGUUAUCGUGUUUAUUGAAGAAUGCAAAUGUUAUCUCUAAAAGAAGUACACCAAGGAUCGUGCCUUUCAUAGAUUUUUGCAGAUCUCAAUUGGGAAAAGGAGAAUUUGCUUUUAAGGAAACUGUGACCCAUUUUGUUCUACAUGAUAUGAGUAAUAGGCGGGUCCAUGAGAUAGCUAAAGACGUAGUUAUGGGGGAGAAUGAUGGGGGUGGUCCUAACGGUGAAGAAAGAGAGUAUGAUCAUUUAGGGAGAAAUGAGCCCAUAAAUCCAUAUCCAGGUCGGCAUCCCGCAUAUAGAAGCUGGAAUUCAUUUCAAAGAGCAAUGUGGGAUCGAAGUACAAUGGAGUAUGAAGAAGCGAGACAAUGGAGGAGCGAGCAACGGGAAUUGUUGCAAUUGUGUGUGUACCAACAAGAAAGGAACUAUCAAAAGCUCUUUGAUUAUGCUGAACAGGUUCGUCAUCAUGAGGACUAUCGUGCAGGUUUGGAUUACUUCGAGAAUGUUUCAAGGGUGGACUAUAGCACUCUACCGCCUUGGGAUAAGGAUGAUGAAAACUUGACACUUCCGUAUUACCCACGGAUGCCAUUUCCUAGUUGGAGAUCAAUAUUUGCACCAGCUCAAGUUUAUGAUCAAGGAGAGAGUUCAAGCAAUGUGGAUCCGUAUGCGACUCGGCCUCUUGCGCGUGGUGUUAUGGAUUCUUUCUUUGGCCCCCAUCGCGGGCCAAACUGAUCAGAGCACAAUUGAUCAGGUCCACGUGCACUUUCUAUCCCUUGUACUUUAUCCUUGAACUUUUUAGUCUUUUGUGUGUUGGUGUUUGGUGAACUUCUUUGCUUUAGUUUGUCAUGUUUUUAAGACUUAGUUAAUUUUUUUUAGUUUAA